GGCGGCUACUCGGCGGGGGAGGGGGCUGCGGAUGGAGCCGGGGCGGGGCCGCGCGCCGGGCGGGGCCGGAGCCGGGGGGCGCAGCUAGAGAGCCCCUGAGCCGCGGCGGGAGUGCAGCGCACAGCCUCGGGGAGCCCAGGCCAGGCAGCCAUGGCGGUGGAAGGAGGAAUGAGAUGUGUCAAGUUCUUGCUCUACGUUCUUCUGCUGGCCUUUUGCGCCUGUGCCGUGGGACUGAUCGCCGUGGGGAUCUGGGUCCAGCUCGUGCUAAAUCAGACCAUUACCCAGGGGGCCACCCCUGGCUCCCUGUUGCCUGUGGUCAUCAUCGCAGUGGGUGCCUUCCUCUUCCUGGUGGCCUUUGUGGGCUGCUGUGGGACCUGCAAGGAGAACUACUGUCUUAUGGUCACAUUUGCCAUCUUCCUGUCCCUUAUCAUGCUGGUGGAGGUGGCAGCCGCCAUUGCUGGCUAUGUGUUUAGGGACAAGGUGAAGGCAGAAUUUAAUAAGGACUUCCAGCGGCAGAUGCAGAAUUAUCCAAAAAACAACCACACAGCAUUGAUCCUGGACAGGAUGCAGGAAGAUUUUAAGUGCUGCGGGGCAGCUAACUACACAGACUGGGAGAAGAUCCUGCUGUCACCCAAGCGAGUCCCGGACUCCUGCUGUGUCAAUGUCACUCAGCACUGUGGAGUUAAUUUCAACGUGAAGGAGAUUUAUAACGAGGGCUGUGUGGAAAAGAUUGGGAGCUGGCUGAGGAGCAAUGUGCUGGUGGCAGCUGCAGCAGCCCUGGGCAUUGCCUUUGUGGAGGUCCUGGGUAUUGUCUUUGCUUGCUGCCUUGUGAAGAGCAUCCGAAGUGGCUACGAGGUGAUGUAGGGGGUCUGGUCUCUUCAGCCCCCUCAUCCAGGAGAGUGGGCUAGUAUACUCCAGGUUUUUCAAUUAAACGGAUUAUUUUUUCAGACCGAAAA